AUGGCCUUCCAUCCCUCCUCACCUCCAAGUGAGGGCGGUGCUGACUCCUUCAAGUAUGAGGAUACCCCUGACACCCGUCUGUCUUCCUUCUCCCCUACGGAAGACUCAGCCAAGGCCUCCCGCCUCCUCAAUUCCAUGAGUCUCAGCAAUGGGACCUCUUGUGCCCAGUCUGUCAACUCUGAUAACUUAAUUGACCGCAACAAUGGAGCAUCUGCUCUUCACCGGAUGGCCUCCAUGGACUCCAUUGCAUCGGUCAUUCGAGACAAGGACCCUUUCAUCACUUCGCCUUCUGAGAAGGCCCAGUCACAGACCAAAUUGUCUGCCACAGCCACGGCCUUCCGUCCUUUGUCUACAACUCCAGUUGUCGCCAUCGGUUCCAACAACGCUCUGGACACUCCCAAGCCCCUUGCCCGCAGCAUUUCUUCUGGUGUCCCCGUCGUCUGCAGUCCCAUUACCGGAGCGCGCGUCUACAACCACGUUCCUCUGAGCUCAAUCAUCAGCAAAGAGUUGAAUAUGUCUCGCUCGAAGCUCCAGACACUUGGCGGACCCUUCGAGCGGUACCCUGACAUCUUUCCCUGUGGCAAUGUCGCCUAUCUUCGUCUCACGAAUGUGCGAGACUCGCCGAGGAUCUUGAACGACAAGACAAUCAAGCCAAAGCAUUGGAAGAUCGAGGCCAUCUCGGCUCAAGAGAUCAACAAGCAUUUCAAACACUGGAAUGUCUUCGCUUUGGUCAAACAGCCUUCCAACCAGCCCGAAAUUAUUCGGUGGGUCAUUGAGAUGUCCGAUUGCAAUGCUACCUACGGAUGCGCCUCUCAGCUCUAUACACGCGGAUGGAUGGCCGUUGAGGGCUUCUUCUUGCUUCUCCUGGCUCCUCUGUCGCUUGGCGGCCAAGCAGCACCACUCUUCAGCCUCAAUGACUAUGGUGGCUCUGGGCUACGCAACACCACGGUGUCCGACCUGACAGCCCAGCUCGAUAACAUGUCCCUUCACCGUUCUCGACAUGCAGUGCAGCUACAGGAGCCUUCCACUAUAGCUUCCGUUAACCUUGGAAGUCCUGUCCAGUUGACUCAGUGGCCAGGUUCUUGGGGCCUAAGUUCACCAAUGUCACACCUGGUCCAGCCAGCGUACCCAAAUAUUAUGUCUCGCGCUGUGACUCCUGCGUCCUCGAGUCUGGAUCUCCGGGUCAUGAGUCCCAUGAGCCCUGCAUUCCCCAUGACACGAUCGCCGUUCUCCUCACCUCUGUCCAAAUCGAUUUCCACACGCGUGAGCUUCCCGAGCCCAAGGCUGGCCCAGGGUUUCCAACGCUCGGAUCCUCGUCGACAGAAUGCCAUGCGUGUGAACCGCUCUCACUUCAGCCCGCCAGGUCCUCACCACAACCAUGUCGACAUCAAGAAGAUCCAAGAGGGCAUUGAUGUGCGCACUACAAUCAUGCUUCGGAAUAUUCCAAACAAGGUUGACCAGGCCAUGCUGAAGAACAUUGUGGAUGAGUCCAGCUGGGGCAAGUAUGACUUCAUGUAUCUUAGAAUCGACUUUGCAAACGAUUGCAAUGUUGGAUACGCCUUCAUCAACUUCGUUGAUCCGCUGGAUAUCAUCGACUUUGUCAAUGCGCGUGGAAACCAGCGUUGGAACUGUUUCAAGAGCGACAAGAUCGCUGAGAUCUCCUAUGCUACCAUUCAGGGCAAGGACUGUCUCGUCCAGAAGUUUCGCAACAGUUCUGUCAUGCUGGAGGCUGCCCACUACCGGCCUAAGCUCUACUACACAACCAAUGGUCCCACUCCCCAGAUGGCUGGCCAAGAGGAGCCUUUCCCCGAGCCUGACAACCAUUCCAAGAUGAAGCGGAGCUGUGAGAAUGCCGAGCACGUCGGUCUCUUCACUCCAAACGCUGGUCAGAACUUCCGCGAGGAGCAGCGCCGCCGUCGGUCCCAGUACGAUCGAGGCACUCGCCUUGCCGCCCUCGAGGAAUGUGGCGAGGCCGGGCUCUUUGCUCACCCCGAUCUUAUUCGCUAAGUGCCAUGCUGUCAAGCUACUGCCUGCAUUUGAACAUCGUUUGAUUUCAAUCAUAAGGCAGCGUAUCUCGACGUGAGCGCUGGUACCGAGACAUCCGGUUAGCUUCUUUGCUAUCUAUGACAGCUUUCGCAGAAAUGUUUCGAAGAGGAAACAACGAUUUUUGCGUUGGCAGCAAGAUUUUGAAACCAUUCAUGUACAAUGGCAGUCUUGGACCAGAGGACUCAUCUUACCACGGUACGGAUUGAUAACUUUCCAUCUCAACUAUAACCUUUUCAACGGACCGCCACAUGUCCGUAGAGUUCACAAACAACAGAUCUAGGAGCUACUUGAGUGGACAUCGGUCCGAGGUUCGAAGUUGGAGGGAUGGUAUCGCUGGCUUAUUUUUCUCCCCUCCCCCCCCUUUUUCUAGACUGGGAGUCCUCUUGGGAGGCAUCAUAAUACGAAUUUUGU